GUAAACUCCUCUGUCCUGAAGAUGCUGGAAAACUUCACAUUAAAGCUAUAAGUCAUUACUUCUAUUAAAAAAUAAAGUUAAAGAAGAAAACAGGUAUAUUUAGGUUUUCUCACUGGUGGAACCAUUAAAAGUUCUAUAUUGAAGCCUACAAGAAGAUGUUUUUCAAGUACAACAGUAGUAGGAAGCUGAGAACCGUGAUCUAAAGAACCCAUAGUUUGUUUAAGAUUUCAUCCACAGUGAAAUUUCUUUCACUAAGGGUUCUUAGGUUUGUCUGGCUGGAGGAAAACCUCUAUGUAAAACCUUAAAGUGGUGGUGGGAGGGUUCUCUUUCAGAAAAGAGUGGUUCCGAGUGGAUCUAAAACUGUUAACCAUCCAAAGAACCAUUGAGGAACCACACUGAAGAUGGAGCUGCAGUUAGCACCACUGCUUCUUCUCAGUGAAAGAUCUCACUUAUAAAAUGGAGUUGUGUUAUAACUGAAGUUUGGAAGAAAGUCCAGACUUGAGGCUCAGCUUUCUUGCUGGUUAACUUAAAUAAAUUCCUCUCUCUCUCCAUUUCCACCCCCACCAUCUCACCCACCGUCUGCUCCAAAGACUCAAAACCAAGAUACUUUUAGGGUUCUUCUGUCUAGAACAGAGCAGAAGCCACCUAGAACUCCAUCUGAAGUUCUCAGAGUUCUCUCGCCAUUACAGUUCUACACUCACUCCUCAUGGUGUUUAGUUGUAGGUCUAGAGCGCACAACAAACACCAAGAUUCAACAUGUUUGUCGUGACUUUUCCUGUUUCCUGUUUGGCAGUAAGAAUGACGAUGGCCACGGCGAAGUACACGGUGGUUGGGGAGACGCUGCGCUACGUGAUCCCCACCCACAUGCAGUGCUCCUUCGGGUGCGGAGGCCGAUCCUGCAAGUACGAAGAUGCGUCACGCUGGAGUGAAGACCAACAGGCCAUCAGGGGCCUCUAUUCCUCCUGGAUCACAGACAACUUACUCGCCAUGGCACGACCUUCUACUGAAACCAUAGAAAGGUACAACAUCAUUGAGCAAUUCCAAAGGUGUGGUUUGAAGACAGUCAUUAAUCUGCAGCGACCCGGAGAACAUGCUGACUGUGGAAACCCACUAGAGCCAGAAAGCGGCUUCACCUACCGGCCUGAGACCUUCAUGCAGGCUGGGAUUUAUUAUUACAACUUUGGAUGGAACGACUACGGCGUGGCCUCCCUCACUGCAAUCCUGGACAUUGUGAAAGUCAUGUGUUUCUCCAUGCAAGAGGGGAAAAUCGCUGUUCACUGUCACGCAGGACUCGGGAGAACAGGUGUCUUACUCGCCUGCUUCUUGGUGUUCACUUCACGCAUGACCGCCAACCAGGCCAUUUUAUUGGUGCGAUCCAAGCGGCCGAACUCCGUCCAGACCAGAGGACAGCUGGUGUGUGUACGGAACUUCGCAAAGUUCCUGAUUCCGCUGAGGAACGUGUUCGCCCACGCUGAUCCAAGAGCCAAUCCCGUCACGCUUCCCCAGUUCCUGAUUCGUCAGAAACACAUCCUGCACGGAGAAGAAGCUCGGCAGCUGAGAUACAUACCAAAGCUUGUGCCACUCAUCUGCAAGCUCUUGUUGGACAUUGCAGAGAACCGGCAGGUCAUUGAGGAGGACGUUCUAGAGGUUCCAGAUGUGAUAUCUGAUGACGAGAGCUCGGUUUGCUUCAACACCAGAUCAGAACCUAAGAUCAGCAGCCACAUCAUGGUGGGAGCGAUUAAUUUCAAUCUGCCUCGACUUCCUGGUCCAUUCGCGACUCCUAAGCACAGCUCCCAGCUGCCUCUUCACUACGCUCACAAGAACCUCAGCUACAGUGACUCGGAUCUGCACAGACACUGUGAUACGCUAAACCUCUCAGAAAACCACCUUCCCAUUUUAGCUAAUUCUGGAAGGAGGGCUUCAUCUCAAAUCAACAUGUCCCAUAACUGCCCCAAUGCCCCUCAUGGCACGCUGAGAGAUUUAUCAACCUACGGUUCCUGCAGCAGCCUCUGGGAACUAAAGACACGAGUGGAACAGGAAGAGGAACGUUCUCUUCUCAACACUCGACGUCAGUCGGUUCUGCAGCGCAGCAAAUCGCUCUGCGUCUCCAAACAAACAGAGAAGAAGAGGAGCUUCUCCAAGGUGCAGGUGUGGAAAAACGGUCAUGAAGGGAAUAAAAGGAACUAUAAAGGAGGUGAUGAUGAUGAGGAGGAGGAGGAAGAGGAGGAGGAGGUUCAGUUAUCAGAGGUGCCGUUCCUCACCAUCCAGUCGGAGCUGACUCUGGAGGCUCGACGUCUGCUGGUGGGUCAGUCACUCGCACUCGACCUGAACCACGACGGAAAAGAGGAGCACGUCCUCAAAGUGCGGAGCUGGCAGACGGAUCUGAACUCUCAGGGAGGAUUUGAGUGUCUGUGUUUGGAGAAAGAUCCUUUUGUCCUGACGGGAAUCCUGUGGUCCUGGUUAGAGCAGCUAAAGGAACCCGUUAUCUCAGUGAUAGACGUUCAGACACUGAAACAGCAAAACACAGAGCCAAAGACCUUCCUAAAUUCUCUACAGCGGGCUUCGAGAGAAACGCUGCUGUGUGUGUUGGACUGUUUCGCUCGUCUGCUGGUGAUGCCUGAAGAGGUGGAGGAAGCGUUUGUGGAGCGAGUAAUAAAGGCGUUCACACGGAUGGAGAACGUUGGCGAUGGUCAGGAUGUCUAUGAGACAAUGACGAGCGUCCUGAAGCGUGUUUUACGGGACCUGAGGAGGAAUGCCAUGGACGAGCAGGACACACUGCAGUAGCAGCAGCAGGGUUUUAGCUAGAAACUGGCGUUUAAUGAUAAAAUGUUGUGUUCCGUUACGAAUGAACUUUAUUAACUUAGGGUUCUGUCGGUUCCUCUCACUCUUCACACCUGGUUAAAGAUCUCACAUGCAUACAUACUCUAAAGAUUUACAUUUCCCAAAACUCUCCCUGGCUUCAGUGUUUAAUCUCACCUGGAUGCUGUAGAUUUGUGUGAAAGAGUUGCUGCUGUAAUCAUAAAGACUGUCCUGUUGCUCAUCAUCAGGACUCUUAUUUACAAUCUGCUCGCACUGAACAUCCUGAACACACACUCAGUACUGUGUGUCUUUACUCUUCUACACCAGCACACUGGAAUGAUUUAUAAUCACGCUAUCCGGCGUCAUCCAGAAGAGGACGGGUUCCACGUUGGGUCGAGGUUUCUUCCUCAUGUCGUCUCAGGAAGUUUUUUUCUCGCCACUGUCUCCUCUGGAUUGUUCACUAAGGAUCUAAAUCUAUAUCUGGAUUUCUGUAAAGCUGCUUUUGGAUCAUGUUUAUUGUAAAAAAUUGUGCAAUAAAAAAAUUUAACA